AUGUCAACAAAUAUCGAUAACGCUCCUGACCGUGUAGAACGUAACAAUUCGUCUUCAUCCCUAUGUGUAUUAAACGCUAGUGGUCAUUGUAAAACUAACAGUGGCGUAUUUAUAGUCUCCAACAAUGGGGGCACCAGUGGUGGGGGUAAUGGAGGUCUUGGUGCAAACGGCACUUGUAAUUUUAAUGGUGUCGUAAUAAGCGAAGUUGUUGAUGAAGCGAAACUUAAAUUUAGUAGCAAAUAUAAAAACAGUUGUACGCUACUAUGCAUAUACGAUCCCCAAGGAGUUUUGCUUAAAAUCACCCUUGAUAAUGAUACUUCGAAUGUACUCAAAGAGUACUUGCUUACUUACGACACAGAUGCUGCUCAAAUAGGUCGCCAAACGUUUGCACUUUCUUUGGAUGGUGAUAAUUUACUUAUGCGCUUUACAUCAGUUUAUGAACAGCAGCGGUUUCGAAAGUUAGUCGAUAGCGUAAAACAUCUCCGACCAAAAUCAGUAUUUUCACAACGAACUGAAGAGUCUUCCGCUUCACAGUAUUUCCAAUUUUAUGGGUAUUUGUCGCAGCAACAGAACAUGAUGCAAGAUUACGUUCGCACCAGCACAUACCAGCGCGCAAUACUCGGCAAUUCUCUUGACUUUCAUAACAAAAUAGUGUUAGAUGUGGGGGCUGGUUCGGGUAUUCUAUCGUUUUUCGCAGUUCAAGCGGGGGCUGCUAAAAUAUAUGCAAUAGAAGCAUCUAAUAUGGCACAAUACGCACAGCAACUGGUAGAUUCAAACAAUGUCCAAGACAAAAUUUUUGUUAUGCCUGGUAAAAUAGAAGAAAUUGAUAUUCCUGAGAUGGUUGACGUAAUUAUAUCAGAGCCAAUGGGAUAUAUGCUCUAUAAUGAGCGCAUGCUGGAAACGUAUCUGCACGCCCGAAAAUGGUUGAAACCUAAUGGAAAAAUGUUUCCUACACAUGGUGAUUUACAUAUAGCACCUUUCUCUGAUGAAUCACUCUAUUCAGAACAAUACAAUAAAGCCAACUUCUGGUAUCAGUCUGCGUUCCAUGGUGUCGAUUUAACUACGCUACACAAAGAAGGCAUGAAGGAGUACUUCCGUCAGCCGAUUGUCGACACUUUCGAUAUACGUAUUUGUAUGGCAAAAUCAGUGCGGCAUGUUUGUGAUUUUCUCCGAGACAAUGAGAAUGAUUUGCACAAUAUAGAAAUACCUCUACAGUUCCAUAUUUUGCAAACCGGUAUCUGUCAUGGUCUCGCCUUUUGGUUUGAUGUCGAGUUUUGUGGUUCUAGCCAGCAGGUUUGGCUCUCUACAUCGCCAACAGCACCACUGACGCACUGGUACCAAGUCCGUUGUCUACUACCAAUGCCUAUAUUCAUAAAACAAGGUCAACUUUUGACGGGACGUGUUUUGCUUGAGGCAAAUCGAAGGCAGUCUUACGACGUGACAAUCGAUUUGCACAUCGAAGGAACCUUAAUAUCAUCCAGUAAUACAUUGGAUUUAAAAAAUCCUUACUUCAGGUACACAGGUGCCCCGGUUCAAGCACCACCUGGAACUAGUUCACAAAGCCCAUCAGAGCAAUACUGGUCACAAUUGGACGCCACCCAGGGAGUUAGAAAUGCAAACAACUUAGCAAAUGGUAUAACUGUUAAUGGGCUUUCGGAAACUUCAAUGGACAUCACUCAUACGCUUAUGAAUCCACACAAUUAAAUGAAGCAUAUACAAAUACUGGCGAGUUAAGAAGAAAAACAAUUUUAAAUUUUUAAGUGAAACGCUUGGUUUAUCACAGUACCAAAUAAGUUAUCAUUCAUGCAUCAAGGUUAACUCUAAUCUAAUAUUUAUUUUUUGUUUAUGAUAAAUGCUUGUAAUGCUCGGUAGGUACACACAAACACAAAGGACUUUUAAAAAUGGACGAAAAUAAUGCUUUAGAAAUUUCUUUUGUGAUUAUUUGCCAGGAAUUUAUAUAAUCUCGAAAUAAUUGUUGUAAAUACACGUAUACAAGUAACAUUUAUUUUAAGUGCAACUAUUCAUACACCAACCUAUAGAAACUGUUUAGUAAUAUGAAGAAAUUGCAGUGAUUGGCGUUAUAUGCUAAACAUUAAGGAACAAUCAUGGCAGACUAAAAAUGUAUAGAUGUUGUGCUUCUUUAGUAGCACUUGCACUAAAUAAAUCAUGUGUUGAAUUACUCAUAUAAAAUACAAAGUAGCUUAAAUGCACGCGCCCUAUGCUCAUAGCUAUGCGAAAUUUUUAAGGAUACUUUUUCGUGUAAUCAAAAAAUAUGUUUAUUACAGUAGGAAAAUAUGGUAAGCGCUUGAAUUAGAUUUGAAAAAAUUCGAAUUAUGUUGGCCUAAAAAUUGAACAUACCCCGCGUUAAAGUUCGAUUGGUAAAAAUUAUUUCCCAGGGUUAGUAGCUAAGCAUUUUACGCAUUUACAUAACGUUUUAUCCUUAAAGAGACUGUAUCUGUUCACGUAUUUCAAGUUUAAUUAAAUAUUUUUAAUUUGCUGUGCUUUCGUUUACAAACAUUUUUGUUUUAUUUUUUAGCCCUUUAGAAUUCCUUCAUCGCCCGCAAAAUGAAUUCAAUUAGUUAAAAUUUAAAUAUUUAUACUUAUUUAUAUUAAGCAUAUCAAUAAUUUCCAUCUUAGUUAAAUUUUUAAUUUUGGGUAAGACUAAAGAGCCAGGCGUUUUUUUGCUUUUAUGUAUAUUAGCACUAUACGUACCACGUUUUAUCAAUAGUCUUUAUUAAUAUAGGCUGUAGUUCAUAGUUCCUAGUUGUAAGCAUCUACGUAUCUCUAAUUUUCAUAAACAUUUUAAAAACCGUGGCGAGCUGUUUACAUUUAAGCAUUAAAUAAUAUAAAAACAAUAUUUAAAAAUAUAUACAAAUAUGCUCCAUGUAUCCAUGUAUAAAACUACGCAUUUCAUAUUUACAUUAUUCAACGAAUUAAAACAAUUUGUAAAUUAUUCCUUCUCCCCAUUUUUCAAGAGUUGGAAAUUGUAAUCAUUUACAGUUUUUAUUAUAAAUAUUUCCUUAAUAUCGAGCAAAAUUCAAUUACGUAGAUUGUUAAGUUAAUUUUUAAAGAAAAAAAAAAAUAUACCCCUAUAUUUGAACAACAAAAUUUCAAAGCUAGAAUCUAAAUAAAACAAAAACAAUACUAAUCCUACUUAGUUAGAUAUUUAAUUUUUAAACAUAUGCAUACAUAUUAUCAUUGUAUUGUAUAACCAUUCGAUGUUUAAGUAUAUGAGAAAGGAUGAUAUUGAAAUAAAGUCCGCUUUGUAUUAGUGUGCAGUGUUGUAAGAUCUAUAUCUAUAAUUAUAAACGCGAAAAUAGAUCUGAAUGAAAAACAACAAUUUGAUUUUUGUAAUUACUCGUCUAUGUUAAUGUAAAAACCUUGGACGCAUGUAAUGCUUCGAUUUGCAAUUGUGGGCGAUGGUUAAUGAAAAGGCUUCCUGAAGUGCAGUGCUAGAGUAUAAAACCUUGGCCUCAAAUACAUACUAACAUUAGCACAUAGGCACGAGUCACGAAUGAUAACGGAUACGCGGGGGUAUUCGCCCUGCACAAAUGGCUUACACUAAUGAUGUUUGUAUGUACGUACAUAUAUUGGUGGUUCGUCCUUUUUUUCAUUUAGAAACUUGCAGUGUAUGUACUGCAUGUACAUAUGGGCAACAACGUUCAUAUCCAUAUUUACACACAUAUACUAUAUAUCUGUUGUCAUAAGGAAUAACCGCCUAAGUCGACCUAAGAAUGAAUUUAG